UCGAAAAGUUUGGAGCGUAAAACAUGACGAAGGAAACCACAUAUAAAAUUCCAGACCUCGUCCAAAAUGAAAGCGAGAAAACCUAGGCUACACAUAUAAGUAGCCUACAGUAGUACAGCAAGCAGCACAAGUUAUCACUUUAAUUAUAGAAAGACAACAAAUUCAAGACUACAAGAUGGCUGUGUGGUGGAGGACUCUGUUUUUCCCUCUUCUUCUUCUCUCUCUGAGUUGUGCGUACCCAAGUUGUGCAGCUCCUUCAGGCCAACAGAGAGCGUCUUCCUAUCGAAACUUCCUCAGUUUCACCAGGAGCAUCCGCGCCCACGUUCAACAUCUUCUCCGGAGAUAUAAAGAGCAGCAGCUGGGAGACCGACACUUUGAAGACCGUAACCUGGAGAUGAGCUCCCUGCCCUCCCUGUCCACAAACUUCCUCGGCUGGCUUCUAAAGAAGGACUGGGAACGACUUGCUGGGGCUUCUCGGGAUCUGAACACCUACUGGAGUCACCUGGACCGGAAGAGAAAGCAGAUGGAGAAGGAAGGCAUGAUGAUGGGCCACGGAUCAAUGCCCACGAGCAGGAACCCACCCACCUUACCUCAGAGUUUUUCACGAAUUCAGAGGGAGAUAAGUGACCUCGUCAAUCAAGUCAACUUCCAGAUGAGAUUUGUCAAGGUCUCCCCGGUGAGCACCACCACGCCCCCCAAACUGACCGGCUCAGCGACCCCGCCCGCCAGCACCGCCCCCCCCCAGCAGACCCUGUGGGUCAGCCGCCUGGAGGGCUACAUCAUCCUGAGAGACCUGGAGCGCUACCUGGUCAAGUUGACCAGAGACUUCCUCUUGCUGGCGUCUAAACAAACGGAUGGCUCGCACAGGGAGGGCUGAGCAUUGAGCCCUGAGGGCUGCAGGGCACUAACACACACACACACACACACACACGUGUGUUAAGGCAGCUACAACCAAUCCCAAAUGUGUGAAAUUGUUACCACUGGAUUCAGUUUUGUGACGUAUUUUGAUAUUUAUGAGUAUAACUAUAUUUAUUACUCUGGGAGUAUUUCUCAGGGGACUUUAUUCUAUGCAACAGUAUUCCUCAUGUUCCUACCGUAUGACUUAUCUGAGCUAUAAGGGCCCGUCCAAGUGUUUCUCCGUGUUACUGGAACUAAACCCUCUCUGGUAUUCCCCAGAGUUUCUGUCCCUCAUCUUAAAGGAGUGAGGAGAAACAUCCCCUUUCACCUCAGUCAACCUUGAACUGGACUUUCCAAAGAUGCAUAUUUAUUGAAAUAUUUAUUGUUAUUUAUUCUUCUAAAGUGCUGUUUAUUUUUUAUAUAACGAGAAAUGAGAAACCAAAUAUGAAUGUUUUUGUAUUUUUUUUUAUAAUGUUUUUGUGUUAUACUGUUUACAUUGUACUGCAGAAUAAAGAAGAAGC